AUGACGACGUCCGGGGGCUCGGUGUCGUGGCCCGGCGUCGGCUGCGUCGCCGUCGGCUACCUGUUCGGCCGCCAGGAGCGCGAGUGCAAGCGCGAGGUCGACCGCCUGCGGAACAUCCCGCGCUACACCGACUUCGCCGCGCUCGAGCGCGACGUCUCCGAGCUCGCCGCCGGCGCCGGCGACCCGAACGCUGGGCUCCUCGUCGCGCUCAGCGGCGUCGCGCGCGCGGACGACGCGGACCUCGUGCGAUGCGACCGCGCGAAGGACGAGCGCGGGAACCCGCGCCGGUGCAUCUACCUCGAGUCCACGGACGACCAUCACGUCGCGCGGCAAGCCCCGCGAGGCGGCGAGUGGCUCCGCGAGUCGCAGACCGUGAGCGCGACGCAGCGAGAGGCAGCCGCGUGGCGACUGGAAGACGCGCGCGGCGAUCGCGUCAACAUGCACCGCGCGUCGUCGUUCGACCAGCGAAGCGACGCCGCCGUCGCGGGGGACUGGCACCUCGCCGUCGCGCACGACUCGUUCGAGCAGGCGCGGAGAGACCCGGUCGCGGAUAACGGCUCCCCGGGGAACGUUUUAACCAACAUCGGCGCGAGCGUCUUAAGGCGCGUUCUAUACACUGGUCCCCAUACGACCGCGUCGGCGUGGUGA